AUGGCUUCCGAAUCGCGUCUCUACACUUUCUCCCAGGACUCCAAGGACCACCUGCGCAAGUUCCGUCUGGGAACGUCAAGGUCCAACGAUCCUCAAGCAGUCAUUUACCUCAUUGAUAAAACUACGCACGAGAUCCGCCAAGAUGAGGAUCAGAUGGUCUACAAAUCCCUCGACGCCAUUGCCGACGACCUGCCCGACCACAGCCCGCGCUUUGUGCUGCUGAGCUACCCCAUGACAGUGUCCGGCCGAACAUCGGUCCCUUAUGUCCUGCUCUACUACAUUCCCGUGACGGCCAACAACGAACUCAAGAUGCUGUACGCCGGCGCCAAAGAGCUGAUGCGGAACACGGCCGAGGCCGGCCGGGUGCUGGACGUCGAGAGCAUUGACGAGAUUGAGGAGAUCCCCUCGAGGUUGGGCGCCGACUAG